GAAUCAGUUGUAAGUAAUAUUAUGAGAUGCAUAACAUUUCUUAGCGCAGCCCUUCGAAAACUCAUGAUUCAAAUCACAAACGAUUGGCGAUCGCCUCACGGCCCAAUCGAGCUUGAAAUAAUGGAAGAGAACGCCCGGUUUUCACGUCUGGUCUCGGCGACGUGCAUCUUCCUGGCAGACGCAACCUUCGCCGCACAGUUCAUCAUAGCUGUCCUCCGCAUCGAUGCCCAAAACCGUCUCCAAGCUAACGGUACCGAUAUCGAUAGACCUUUGUACAUGAGGGCGUCAUUUCCUUACGACUCGCAAAUUUCGCCGAAUUACGAGCUUACGUUGGCCGGACAGCUGUUCUCCAACUUCUUCGCGGCCACGACGUACACGUCGAUCGACUCGCUGUUCAUAGUGUUGAUGCUGCAUCUUUGUGGGCAGUUGUCAGUUCUGAGACUGAAGUUUCCGGGGCUGAAAGGAUGCAGCGGAAACGAGUUCGCAGAGAAGAUAGCUUACAUCCACAGGCGGCAUGAUCAGCUCACUGUGUGUGCUAACACUAUCGAAGAAGUCUUUAACAAAACAUUCCUCCUGCAAAUAAUAACGUCGUCGUUCGUUCUUUGCAUGCUGGGGUAUCAAAUAAUGACGAUAACAAACGGAAACAACAUACCAUUCAUGGAACUCGUUUUUAUGAUCUACUACGUCAUUUGCUUUUUGUUCAUCACGUUCACGUACUGCUAUAUGGCAGAGAAACUACGCGAAAAGAGUGUAGACAUUUCCGAUGCAGCUUACCAGUGCGAUUGGUACGAUCUUACUCCCCAACAGUCGAAACAAUUGAUCAUUAUAAUGUUGCGCGCGAGGAGACCGUUGCAGGUCACUGCUGGAAAAUUCGUUGCGUUUUCUUUAAGCUUGUACUGCAGUGUACGUAUAUUCUGUCUUUUCCUUUUUGCUUCGAACUUCAUCUCCAUAAAACUCUUGGAUUCCUUUCCUUUCAGAUACUGAAAUCGUCAGGUGGGUAUAUGUCUAUGUUGCUUGCGAUACAACAGAGGCUCGGAACAAGUUAAUAUUUAUAAUAUUUUUUAUGUGAAAUGAACGUGCCACAAUAAACUGAUGAAAUGUCUUGAAACAUAAAAGUAUUUAGUAAUAUGAUAAUACGAUUUUUAUAAAUUUAACUGAAUAAAAAACUACAUUAUAGUUUUUGAAAAAAAAUUCUUUUUAUAAUCGUCAUUGUAAUUAUCGUUUUAGUAUAGAUUCUCACAAAUUUCAAUUACGAAUGCAGCAGUGUUUUCAGCAUCACACGAUGUUAUUCUUCGUGCUAAUGCAGCAACUCUGAGAAACUUAUACCUGCC